UUCUUGGGUAGGAAUCUUAUUGGUGCCAGAUUGGUGGUUUACCUCUGCUACUCACUCUAUCUCUUGGAUCAUCAAAAGAUCAGAGUGCCAAGAAGAUACAAUAUUGUGACAAAUCUCUUGUUGAGACUGAGGCUUUGGUAGGCAUCCUUAAUUGAGCCUUCACUCUAAUUUGUACCAUGACUGGGGCCGAAGUUGAAACUGGUUCUCAGGCCAAACCUGAUAAGAAGCCUCAGGAAGAGGUUAUGGGUGGGGCCAAUGGAGAAAGUGAAGUCCCUAUGGUGGUCAGACCCAAAGUCAGGCCCCAGGCUCCAGCCACAAGUGGGGCAAAGCGCAAAACUGGGAGUAAAUCUUCAUCUCGGGGAAGGCCUAAAUCUGAAACCCAGUCAGGGUCUGGAACAAGGCCUAAAAAUAAUGGCCAGACAAUGGCUAGAGCAAGGCCUAGAUCUGAGGCCCAGGUAAUGCCUGGUGCCAGGCCCAAAACCGAUGCCAAGACAGUAGGUGGUGCUCGCCCUAAGGCUGAGGCCAAGCCAAUCCCCAGAGCACGGCCUAAGGAUGAUGCCCAGGCAUGGGCCCAGAGUGAGUUUGGGGCUGAGGCAACGUCACAGGCUGAGAGAGCACCCUUACCUAAUGCUGUCACAUGGCCCCUGGUCAGUGCUGCGUCUACAUCAGUUCCUAAAUCCAAGAGUCUAUCUAUGGAUAGAGAACUGGUCAGUAUGAAUGAGGAAACCUUUCCUGGAGCCCAGGGUCAGGCUGGACUCCAGCCCUGGUUUAGACCUGGAGAGGAGACUAAUACAGGUUCUUGGUGUUAUCCCAGGCCUAGAGUGAGGGAGGAGACCUCUAAUGAGUCUGGGUUUUGGUCAGCAGAUGAAAAUUCUACACUGUCUUCUAUCUGGACUGGAGAGGAGACCAGUAUCAGAUCAUGGCCAAGGGAGGAGGCAAAUACUAGGUCCAGGCACAGGGCUAAACAGACUAAUGACACUUCCGGGCCCCGAUCCAAACAAGAUUCUUGCUCUGGGUCUGAGGAUGAGGCAGGCAACUCAUUCUGCCUUUGGGCUGGAGAAAAUACCAAUGACUUGUUUAGGCCCAGAGCCAGCGAAGAGGCAAAUGUGCGACCUAAGGUCAGGGCAAAGAGAGAGAACUAUUUUGAAUCGGAAUCUGAAGAUGAGUUUUACAAAGAGUCGUGGUUUUUGCCUGGGGAAGAAGCUAGUAGGUUCAGGCGCCGAGACAAGGCAGAGUCUAAUAACAUCUUGAAAAACAGUAACCAAAAUGAUGGCAAAACCAGUGACAGGGUCAAACAAGAAUCCAGCUUUGAGGAGGAAGUCAUUAUUGGAUCUUGGUUCUGGGCAGAACAAGAGACUAGUUUGGAGGCUGGAGCUUCAGCAAUCUGUGAAUCUGAACCAGGGGCUGAAGAGGGAGCCAUUGGUGGAGCUUUGUUUUGGAAUGAAGAAAAGCCCAAUUUGGGGGCUGUGGCCAGAGAUGAGGUCAGGCCUGAGUCUGAAGAAGAGGCCAUAUUUGGGUCCUGGUUCUGGGAUAGAGAUGAGGCCUGCUUUGACCUAAAUCCUAACCCUGUGUACAGGGACAAGAGCAGGUUCAGAGAUGCAACUGAAGACAUUGAUGAAUCGUCCAGGCCCAAAACCUGGGAUGAGGUUACUUUUGAAUUCAAACCUGUUCUUUUCUGUGGGCUUGGUUUCCCUUUUGAAUUCCCCUUUAGAAUAUUUGAAGGGGAUUCUGAAGAUACUGAGGCAAAAGCCAAGGACGAGGAACUUGGUGCAGAAGGGGAAGAGCAGGAAUCUGACCUUCCACCUGCUCUGCCUGAACCUGAGUUCCCAUUUCAGUAUGAUCCCAAUUACCGAUCAGUCCAGGAGAUUCGAGAGCACCUUAAGGCCAAGGAAAGUGCAGACCCUGAGAAUUGGUCUUGCACAUGCAUACAGUGCGAGCUUAAAAUUGGCUCUGCAGAGUUCGAGGAGCUCCUUUUGCUAAUGGAUAAAAUUCGUGAUCCUUUUAUCCAUGAAAUCUCUAAAAUUGCAAUGGGUAUGAGAACUGCUUCUCAGUUUACCCGCGAUUUCAUUCGAGAUUCUGGUGUUGUCUCACUGAUUGAAACCCUGAUGAAUUAUCCUUCCUCCCGAGGUAGGACUAAUUUUUUGGAAAAUAUGAUCCACACGGCUCCAGCUUAUCCAAAUCUAAACAUGAUUGAGACCUUUAUAUGCCAAGUGUGUGAGGAAACCCUUGGAUAUGAUUUGGAUUCCCCUGAGCAGCUCACUGGAAUGAGGAUGCUUAGACACCUCACUAUAACUACUGAUUAUCACACACUGAUUGCCAAUUACAUGUCUGGGUUUCUCAACUUAUUAAGCACAGGCAAUGAAAGAACAAAGUUUCAUGUUCUACAAAUGCUGUUGAACUUGUCUAACAAUCCUAUGGUGGCAAAAAAACUAUUCAGUGCCAAUGCUCUGUCCAUAUUUGUGGGUCUCUUUAACGUAGAGGAAACAAAUGAUAACAUUCAGAUUAUUAUCAAAAUGUUUCAGAAUAUCAGUAGUAUUGUAAAAAGUGGAGCAAUGUCUUUAAUUGAUGAAGAUUUCUGUCUUGAACCACUUGUUUCUGCAUUCCAUGAGUUUGAAGAGCUAGCUAAACGGCUGCAAAUCCAAAUAGACGAUCUGGAUGACCCCGAGGAGGGACAGUAAAUUCAGUGUGUUUAACCACCUGCUACUGCUCAGCCUUAUGUUCCCAAAGAGCCCCAAAUAGUGCUUUGGUGUUCACAGUCUGGUUCUGUGCUGUAACUUAGAUUUCUAAUGCUAUUGUUAACUUGUCAAACUCUUGUGAGCUGGAUCAUUUGUGGAUGCCAAAAUAUAUCAGAACCGAAAACAUAUUUGUUGAUAUUUGUCUUACUGUUCAGAUUGUGAUAUUUUUUAGAGUUGAGCUCCCAGUGAACCAAGUCAUAUGAGUAAGCUAUCCUGCUCUUUGUUGUUUAAACAUGUGGUUCUCUACUUGAGUCUGUGUUUUCAAUAAAGUUCGAUGUUGAAAUUGGCAUAAAUGACCCUUCUUCACUUUAAAAAG